AUUCUAUUGUCAUGUGAGUAUUCUAGUCUACUAGUUGUUCUAUAGGGUAACCAACCUUGACCUCUGGAUGAUCUGGAGCAACGCCAUGACGAACCAAACCGAACGGUACGGGAAGACUCUCAUACAUAUCCACUUUCACUCCUGGCACUUUCCCCAUUACUCGGUAGGCAGUAUAGAACCCGGCCGGUCCAGAUCCUACUACUGCCAUGCGAAAUGGCGCAUCCGGAGAUCGAGAACUUUGCUGAAGCGCAGAGGAGAAACAUCGACCAGAAAUUACACUAGAAACCCGAGGCACUGUAUCGAGGCGACGGAAGCGCCGUGCUAUUGAGCACAUCAUCAUUCACGGCUGGUGAUGGUGUUUCGAUGUUGUACCUCAGUCAGAGAACGACUGAGAAGUGACUCUUUAUCCAUUCAAGGAAUAACGGGUCUAUCACCGACCGGUCUUGGCCAGGGUCCGACCUCCGAUGCGGCGUCGGCUUGCAGAAUGCGGCAGACGUCACGUUGCUGUGCCAACACGGCCCGCCCCAUGUACACAAGUUUCGUCAGAGACAUGCGACACCAUUGUUCUCAACCCCAAAUCCAAGACCCUCUCUCGGCUCCCCAGUUUCUCGGAUAACAAUCUCAUUAUAACGACUCGCCUGUCGUGCGUGAUUUAACAAACGUCCAUUCCCCGCCCAUAUCUUAUUGUCUUCAUUCCAGCACGAGGCGCACAAUACAGCCAACAAUUUACUAUCGCGCAACUUCAAGCGCAUCGCGCUGCGACUACAGGCAUGGCUCCGUCGCAAGCGCCUUUCCUUUACAGCGCCGUCCACAGCGACUCGCGCUUCCCGGAGCCCAAGUUUGAUCCCAAGGCUGUCACAAGAGCAAGCUGGGAACCUCCCAAGCCGCGAAAGAAGCCCGAUGGACCGCUUGUGUCUUUCAACAGACAUCCUGAUAUGCAUGAGGUUCUUACCUAUAGGACUAACGAGUAUGCUUCUAUGAGCCCGCGCAGUAAGAGCUUCAUCAAAUGGCUCCGUCAUGUUCAGUCCGGGCUGCGCGUAUUGCAGCUGGUAUCAGCUCUUGGACUGCUUGCGCUGAUGAUCCUGAUUGACAAGGUACCCAGUCUGGAGGGCUGGGUUAUGAGAAUUACCCCUGGCGUCGUGAUAUUACACUGCAUCUACGGAAUUUACCAUCUCUCCCGUGACGCCGCAGGACGAUCGCCUGCAUCUUCUGCAUCCUAUCAGCUCUUUUGCGGCGUCACCGACCUUGGUGUCGCCCCUCUCUACGCCUUUGGUGCCCUAUCAGUGCGCACCAAGAGUGAAGCCUGGAUCACCCGCCUCUCGGACCAGUCGCUCAUGAAUACCUUCAAGCCUGUUCUUUUCUACACCUUCGUUGCAGCCGGUGGUCUCCAUCUCAUCAGCUUAGCGAUUGCUGGUUGGCUGGGCUUCAUGUUCCGCAAGAUCAGCCUGAUGCCUCCUGAUAUGAACCCUCUUGAGAGUCACUUGACUGCUCGACCAAUGCACAAGAGGAACAAGUCGUCGGUGAUGACUGCUAGCACCAUGGACAGUGAUGCCCGCCUGUCGACGCCCCGAAGCGCUCGCCGGGAAUCUCUCGUGCCUCAAGAAGGUAUUCAUGACGGCAUUGAAGCACCGCGCGCCAUUCCUUUCACCCAUACUCGCAACGGAUCGAGCACGACAAUUGGAACUCGAGACUCCCGCACCAAGUUCCCGCCACCUCCACAGUACCAGAGAGGCCCUGGAAGCCCUCGUCGUGAGCGUCGCGAUUCGGCUGCUUCAAGGGCCACCACACGAACUACUGCUACCCGUUCAAUUUACCACGAUGCCUAUAGCGAGAUUCCCCUCGACGACCAGGCAGGAUCUCGCCCAUCUAGCAGCUACAACAGGCAUAGUCAACCUCGCCCGGCUAGAUUCACCGAGACCUGGAUGCCUACCGACUCACUCAUCUCUCGAACGAAUCAACGAAACCGUGAAAUGGAAGCGGCAAAGACAAGUGCUGCAAACCGCGAGAACAAGUCAUAUGAGGCAUUGGCUCAACGAUACGCUCAUGACGAUUCUGAUUCCGAAUAUGGUGAUGAAAACAACCCAUCUUACGACCUUGGCGUCAAUGGUGAUGAGCUUCGUCCUCAUCCCCUUCGCCUGAACCCCCCUGCUGCACAGCAAGAACGCAAAUCCCCUCCUCGCGCCAAGACACCCUUCUUCCCGUUCAAGAACUCAUUGACCGAUAUCAGCACAAACGCGAGACGUGUCAGUGCGAGCAGGGAUAUCGCUGAUGAGAAGCCAGCUUUGGCUCCCCGCAACCGUCAGAGCUCUAUUCAACCAGAGUCUGAGUUUUAUGCGAGAUCAUAUGGAGAACUUCAGAGUGCAACUCCCCCUAUUAUGAUUGGCAGCGACAAUCGCAAGGUCUCCACGGGUAAUGAUUACAGUCAGAACACUUCUACGGCAUAUGGACGACGUAAUGUUAGUGGUAAGAUGGUAGAAGAAGGCCGAGCAGCAGGGAACCGGUAUUCUUUUCUUGAUGGGCGUAACCCCCUCGCGGAAAGGAGAUGAGACUACGGGAGUAUGUGUUUGAGUGUUUGUUCAUGAUUUUUAAUGCAGGAUGCGUCAAAGUUCGAAUGUUUGGCAAGGAUAAGGUUUGGGGACAUGGCAAGAUAUCCGGAUAUGUAGUUUAUUAGGUAGUUUUGGUGUUUGAUAAUACAAAAGUCUCAAAUCAUGAAUUUCUCCCACAUCUGACCGCUACUGAACAGUACUAUUCACCAUUCAAGUACGCUCGCCAAGAUACCGAUGGACCCUGUAAGUUGUCGUCCCUCCACCCCUUCGCAUCCCACGAGUCCAAUUGACACAGAUGCCUCAUUGUUGGACGGCCAUGCGGGCAGUUCCAAGGCUUGUCCAACUCUGCCAUAUGCCGCACAAGCGUCUCCAUUUGCCCAUGCGUCAAAGCCUUCCCAAUCAUGACGCUGCUACGACAUGCCCUCGAUGCAAACAUCUUCCUCACUUUGGAGGGACGGGGUAUAUGUUUCGACUCGGACGAUUCCUCACCAAGCAAUGCUAUCAGCUCUUCAAGGUCAGUGAUCGAGAAGGUCACCUCACGACUCAUGGGAAGCGCCAGCACUUCACACCUUGAGCCCACGGGUUCAUCUCCAGUCAUGUCGACAUGGACUUUGAACCCGUUAGCCUCAAUGGCAGGAAUACUUUGUAACACAAUUUCUUCUUCCAGUGCUGUCAGCUCUAGCCUUUUCGGGUGGACUAGUCGUUGAGACUGUACUGUCUGAAUCUCUUGCAACCUCUCAAAGUUAUACUUUUCGUCUGUCGCGUGUUGGUCAAUGAUAAACAACUCAUUCUUCUGAGCUACCUCCAGGUCUUCCUCCGACCCGGUGCUCGCAGGACGUGUUGCGAUGAUGAAACCCAUGUUGAAUUGCCCAACUAUUUUCAUUUUUAGAAAGUCCUUGCGAGCUAUAGUAAGUGACAAUUUCUCUUCCGCAUUGGCUGCCGCAAGAUCUGUCACUUCAUCAUCGACAGUCGUAGAGUCUUGACUUGGACUGAGGCUGUUCCUCCAUGAGUCCAGCCCCAGCUUUAUGAGGCUCUCGUCCGUUCGUAGGUGUUGUAGUAGUUGGGCUGUAGACUCUUUCUUCCGUACACUAGACUUGAGAGAUUGAGUCUUAUGAUCAGUUGUGGCAGGUUCCCCCGCAAAUAUGAAGGGCGUAAUAUCAGACAAGUCAUUUGUUUCCGUCUGCUUGCCUGGUCUAUCGCUCCCAGCGACCGGAAUAGCUGGUUCACUGACAGCUUUCCCAUCCUUGUUCGCGUUGAAUGUGUCACUGUCGGUGUUUGUAUCUGUGCCUUCAGAAUCGGAGAUUUCCCCACCAUCAGAACCCUGGCCCGCUUGCUCCUUACGAAAUGAUAUCUUCCUAUCUGUCGCGCCGCUGCCAGCUGCGUAUAUCUGUGUCAGGCGGCUUCCGAAAGACGGUUUUGGAUUGUCAACCUCCAUUUCAUCCUCAGAAACAGCCACAUUAUUCGCACGGCGAUCAGGAGUACUCGCAGCAUCCUGUAUGAUCUCGUUACCAAUGACUAUCGUAGCGGCCUCUGAUGUUGCCUUUUCCCGUGGCGUUUUCACUGGGCUAGUGUGUGAGCUCCCGCCCUGUCCACGCCUCAGUGGUUUCGUAGCAGGAAUCUGGGGUUCAUUCUCAAGCAAUUCUGAUGACUUCUUGGUGGGAGAAGAGCCAGUCUUCGUGACACUGUUUACCUUCAGUUGCUUGUUGAAAUCCCGCACAGGGAGUGGCUUCCCAGCAUCAUUUUCAUCGCUGUCUGAAGAGAGCGAGGGACUCCCGAUAAAGAGGCUCGGCUCUUCUCGCCUCGUAGAAGGACGUACGGAUGGACUUUGAUUCUGUGCGAAAGUUGAUGCUGUGGUGCCUCGGUCUUUUGGCCGCGACGUUGACCCCCUCUCUACCCAUCCACUGAUCAGAUUUUGACUACUAAUGUUUUUCUCUAAUGAUUUUGACCCGCCAACCCUCCUUACGGCGCCAAGUGGCACCUUGGCAACGGGGCUGCUUUCGUCACUGUCUUCAUCUGAUUCGACUUCAGGCUGGGAAUCAUCCAGAGGCUUCUGAGGAGUGAUCGAUAAUGGCUUGAAGGGCGUGUUAGUGGUUGACUGCUUCUCAGUGCGGUUCUUAAAGGGCAAAAGCUGAGAGGUCGGAACUGAGUAGUCUUGCGAGUCGAAAAGGGCUGUGAGGGAAGUGCGUAGGUUAUCGAGCAGUUGGUUUUGAUCAUGCAACAAUAUACUCCUCUUGUCUGGACUAACAUUGACGUCGUACAUGUGGGUAUCGAGCUGAAUAUCCGCUAGAAUAAAAGGAGCUUGUGAGCUGUUGUAAGCCUUGUAAACCUCGUUAAAUGCCUUUGCGAAUUGGGGCAAGCCACAUGGCCUCCCAUUCACAAAGAACAUCUGGCGAUCUGGAGUUUGGCGUCCAUCACCAUGAGAAGGCCGGGAAACAUGCCCCACGACACGGACAUCCCUAGAGCUUGAUUUAUGUUUUUGGUCAAUUUGCAAAGCUGGACCGCCUGUGGAAGGAUGCAUUUCUAGAGUCAAAUCGAGGGGUACAAGGACCGUCAUCGUCUUUGCACCAAAGAUAUUGAUGAUGUUUUCUCUUGUCGUCGGAUUACCCUUGGUCGAAAAUAGGUGAAUCCUUUUCCCUUUGGUAGGUUGCUGAGACACGGAGAAUUUGAGAUUGGUUUGAAUACAAGCGUAUUGUCCAAGGAGGGCGAUGACCUUAUUCCACUCUCGCUUUAUGUUUCGCUCAAGCUCACGCCGACGAACAGGCAAGUUGUGGAAGAGACGCUCAACUGAAACGGUUGUGCCUUUUGAAGCUGCCACAACUGCAGUUCCUUUGAGGGCUCCUGAUGGCUCGAAGCUGAGCUUGGUCCCCUUAGGAGCUUCGCCCUGCUGGCAAGUCGUGAUGCUCACAAUUGACAAAGCACACAAUGAGGCUAAUGCUUCACCCCGGAAACCAAAUGUCUCUAACGUAGCUAUAUCCGAGUAUGAAGAGAGCUUUGACGUAUGGUGUUUGAGAGCCACUGAUGGAUAGUUGGCAGGGGCGAUACCAGACCCAUUAUCAGCCACCUCGAUGAGAUCAAGUCCUUGGUUUUUGAAACGAAC